AUGACUGUUCACCACGAAAGUGACGAGGAGACCCCCUUGCUGGGGGAGGAGGAGCGGAAGCCCGUCAAGACACCUAUCCCAUGGGGACAGCUAUCUAUCUUGCUUGUCCUCCAGCUCGCCGAGCCAUUUACGAGUCAAGUCAUAUCUCCCUUCGCUCCCGACCUUGUCCGCAAAAUUGGCAUUACUGGAGGAGAUGAGGCGAAGGUUGGGUACUAUGUCGGCCUCAUGCACUCCAUUUUCUUUGCAACGCAGGCGAUGACCGUCCUACACUGGAGUCGCCUCUCCGACCGAGUUGGACGCAAGCCGGUGAUAAUGAUUGGACUGUGCGGACUAUCAAUAUCUAUGUACAGCUUCGGCUUGUCGAGGACAUUCUGGAGUCUCGUUCUGAGUCGCAGUCUCAACGGAGCGUUGAACGGCAAUAUUGGAGUCCUCAAAAGCAUGAUGGCGGAAAUUACGGAUUCCACCAACAUUGCAGAAGCGUACGCUUAUUUGCCGCUGGCAUGGAUGACUGGUGGUACCCUUGGACCGAUGAUCGGCGGAUCAUUAUCGCGACCAUACGAACGAUUUCCUGACGUCUUCGGUCAUAUAGAGUUCCUGAAGAAGUAUCCCUAUUUCCUCGCAUGUGCCGUUCCUGCAACAUUCUCCGCUGUUGCUUUCCUGGUGACGAUGUUCUUCCUGAGAGAGACUGUAACACAACCCAUCUCGAUUCGUCGCAUCCUCAACUUACGCAAGAGCAAGGCCAACCUGACAAUGCAAAAUGUUGCCGGGGCCGACGGUCCUAAACCCGUGGCCCCCAUCACAUCCGCUAAAACUCGCGCCGAGCCGCUCCCGCUACGCGCGCUGCUGACACCCCGCGUUCUGAUCUCCGCAGGCAACUAUGCCCUCCUCGCAAUCGUCGACAUCAGCUACCGUACAGUCAUUCCAGUCUACAUGUCUACGCCGAUCGCACUCGGCGGCCUUGGGCUCAGUCCUCAGAUGAUCGGCUCCGUCCUGUCCAUCUAUGGCAUUACGAAUGGCAUACUGCAGAUCCUGUUCUUCUCGAAGACAAUUAACCGCUUUGGCGCGAAGAGGGUCUACAUGGCGGGUAUUACCUCCGCUCUUCCUGUGUUUGCGCUGUUCCCCGUCAUCAACCUGCUGGCCAGAGAAGAAGGGUACAGCAUGGGCGUGUGGACGCUGCUCGCAAUCCAGACGUUCAUCUCGAUCGCGCUGAACUUCUGUUAUGGCAGUGUCUUCAUCUUCAUCACGGCAUCGUCCCCAAACAAAGCAUCGCUUGGCUCGGUCAAUGGUCUUGCUCAGAUGAGCGUGUCCAUCAUGCGCGCGAUUGGGCCCGCCGUGGCGAACUCGAUGUUCUCACUAUCGAUAGACCCCGAGCGCCAUUGCCUCGACGGGAUGCUCGUUUACGUGUUCCUAGCAAGCCUCGCGGUCUCUGCGCUUGUAGUGGGGACUUUACUCCCGCAAAAGGUAUGGAAGAACGAGUCGAGCGAGCAAGAGAUAUCAUGA